UGUGUUUCCUCACCACUAUUUAUAGGAACGGAAUAAGUACAGUGAGAGUACGCGCACCGUGUAACGCUGCCCAACUAACCUGAAGCCAUUGUUUAUGUGUUCAUAACAACCACGGAGACAACCAUGACUUCGCUGGGGAGCAGCAGUUCCUCAGCCACGGAAUACACAGUGCGAGUUCCCAAAAACACCAGCAAGAAGUACAACAUCAUGGCUUUCAAUUCAGGAGACAGAGUCAACUGUUCAACCUGGACUCAGGCUCGUAUGGAAAGAGACAUGAGUGCCCGACGGAUAUACGGGGAGGAAGAGGCAGCGGACGGCGCGGCUGGCAGUGAGUUUGGCAAAAAGCAGCGUGAGGAAGCGCGCCGGAAGAAGUAUGGUAUUGUGAAACGAGAGUUCAAAGUGGAGGAUCAGCCCUGGGUUCUUAAGGUCAAUGGCAAGGCCGGCAAGAGGUUCAAAGGUGUAAAGAAGGGCGGUGUUACAGAAAAUGCAUCGUACUACAUCUUUACUCAGUGUCCUGAUGGAGCGUUUGAGGCCUUCCCAGUCAACGGCUGGUACAACUUUACACCGCAGGCCAAGCACCGAACUCUCACUGCUGAGGAGGCUGAGGAGGAGUGGGGCAGAAGAAACAAGGUGGUGAAUCACUUCAGCAUCAUGCUUCAGAGACGUUUCCGGGAGCAGGAGCGUGGUGGUGGUGGUGACGAUGAUGACGAUGACAAUGAGAAGUCCGGGAAGAAGAAAAAGAAGGGGGGUGGGAGAGGGGGCGAUCUGCGCAUUCACGACCUGGAGGACGACUUGGAGAUGAGCAGCGAUGACAGCGACAGCAGUAUGGGGGAAGAUGGAGACAGUAAGACGAAGGCGAAGAAAGACACGGGGAAAGGAAAGGGAAAGAAGAAGAAGAGAAAGAGCAGUGACAAAGAGGCCUUGGAGGACAGCGAUGACGGGGACCAAGAGGGUCUAGAGGUGGAUUACAUGUCGGAUGAAAGCAGUUCAGACGAAGAGCAGGAAAAGGGAAAGCCCAGCAGCAAAGGAGAGGAUCACCCCAAAGGGAUCGAUGAGGCGUCUGAAAGUGAGGAAGAGAGUGAGGAGGAGAAACCGAACGAAGAGGAAGCGAAAGAGGAGGAAGAAGAAGAGGAGGGAAAGAAAACGCCGGUCCAAACAGAAAAGAAGAAGAAAAAAGGUGCAGACCCCGCGGAGACAGAAAAGGACAGCAGCGGCGAGUCAGAAAGCUCGGACGACAGUGACAUCGAUGGAGAGACGGCCUCCGCUCUGUUCAUGAAGAAGCGCACGCCUCCUAAACGUGGUGGACGUGGCUCAGCAGGCAGCUCCAGGACUGGCAGUCGCCCCGGGACACCAUCCAUAGACUCUGCCUCCACCUCCAGCACACUCCGCGCUGCUGCCAGCAAGCUAGAGCAAGGUAAGAGACAGACGCCGGGUCCGAGCGCUGACUCACCAGCUGCCAAAAGGCUCAAAAUGGAGCCCAGCAGUCAGAGCCCUGCUCCCUCUGGGAAGAGUACGCCUCAACCCCCAUCAGGCAAAUCCACUCCUAGCUCCAGUGAUGUGCAGCUAACGGAGGAAGCAGUCCGGCGAUACCUGAUCCGUAAACCGAUGACCACCAAAGACCUGCUGAAGAAGUUCCAGACCAAGCGCACGGGUUUGAGCAGUGAGCAGACCGUCAACGUGCUGGCACAGAUCCUGAAGCGCCUCAAUCCGGAGCGCAAGAAUGUGAACGACAAAAUGCACUUCUACCUCACCGAAUAAGCGACGGGGUGGAGAGGAAGUGAACGUCUUCAGUCACAAAACCAAGGCCCCCUGAGGGGGUCUGUGUCCGUUUUAAAACAUGCUGUGCUGUGACAUGCCACAGGAUCGGAAGUUGAAACUGUCAUUACUGGUGGCAUUUUUCAAAAAGUAUUUUGUUUUGUAUUAAGUAUUAAGCAUCCUGAAUUAGUUUUUCAUUCCCUGAAAUCUCACGUUAAAUAAUAGAAAAACAACUCGAUUUUUCUCCAUGUGUGAACAGUUUAACUUGGAAUUUAAUGAUUGAAAAAAAGUCUUUAACUUGUUUUGUUUUUCUGUCUAAUUUUUUCCAAUAAAAUGUAA